GAUUUAUGUCAGGUUUUUAAUUUUCUAUUUUUGAAAGUAUUUCUUAUAUACUUUUUAAUUCAGUUAGUGGAUUGUCUUCUUAUGAACUCUCUGUUUUCAUUUUAUUGUCUUUUGUCGUUUCAAUGGCCAGUUCAAACUCGAAAAUUGUGCGGGGGCAUAUCCAAUGAUUUUUUACUAAAUAUUUUUACCUUAAAAUUAAUUUUUAAUUUCCACAGAUUUGAUCAUUUGGAAUUGGGCGGAAGCAAAUACAUGGACAUGAAGAAUAAUGUAAUCAAAUCUGAGCGGCGUCUACUCAAUGUUUUGGGAUUUGUUGUUCACGUACACCACCCUCACAAACUCAUCUACAUCUACUUGCAUAUUCUUGGCUUAUUACGCAAGGAAAGUGAUCCAAACGCGACUAAGGAACAAAUUAAUAGGAGUAAGGAAUUGCUUCAAAAAGCUUGGAGUUAUAUGAACGACGGCCUUCGAACGGAUAUGUUUUUGCGUUAUACUCCCGAAACAAUUGCUUGUGCUUGUAUUCAAUUGGCAGCUAAAACUGUUGAACAACCUGUGAUUCUCCCUAAAUCGCCUUUCCCAUGGUUUGAACUCUUCGACGCAUCCGACCGGGACAUUCGUCUCAUUUCUCAAAUGUUAAUGUGUCUUUAUACAAGAACAAAAGCACCAAGUCUUGAUUUUAUUCAUUCGCAAUUGGAGAAACAUCAAAAACGACUUUCAGACUCUGAUAAAGCUAAAGAGUUGGCAGAGAAGGCAAAAGCUUAUGCUGAUAUACAGGAAGCGAUUAAAGCUGUAACAAGUACAAAAUCAACUUCAAAUGUUCAACAAACUAAAAAAGAUGACGAAAAAGCAGUGAAAGUUGAAGCGCCUCGUAUAUCAAAAAGCAUCACAAAACACAUCGGACCUCCAUUUAAUGUUAUGGUUGAUUCAACUUUUCUCAGUUAUAGCAUCAAAAAUCGAUUGGAUAUAAUGAAAGGAUUUAAGGAUUGUCUUCAUGAUAAAGUAAUUCCAUGUAUACCCGAAUGUGUUGUUGUUGAAUUGGAGAAGCAAAGUCGUUUCAAAUCAGUUUUGAAAAUUAUCAAUGAUCAUCGUUUUCAAAGAUUACAUUGUGCGCACAAAAAAAGCAUAUAUACUGACGAGUGUAUUCUUCAUAGAAUUACGCAGCACAAAAACUACAUCGUUGCUACUUGUGAUAGAGAUUUGCGCAAGCGUAUACGCAAAAUUCCCGAUGUUCCAAUAUUGUAUAUACGUGAUCAUCGUUAUAUAAUUGAGCGUAUGCCAGAUACUCGUGCAGCACCUAAGAAGUGAAUUUUGAUGUCAAAAAGAUUAAUUUCUCGGACCUAUUUUUAUAAUUUCACAAGAAUAAAUGUGUCGACUAUUAUUGAUUUCAUUAUUUUUUAUUUUAUCGAUUGAUAUCGAUUUAUAUUUUUUAUUUAAUUAUCGACCAGUAUCGAUUUUAGAUUUGACCACUAGUGGCUAGAGACUAGUGGCUCUUUAUCAUCUAUCGUCUCUUCUCACGUCUCUUUAUCUCAUCUCUUUUUAUCCAUCUUUUCUUGUUAUCGCAUUUUCUUCAUUUAUCGAUUUUUGUUGUCGAUAUUUUCUUAGCAAGCAAAACCAUGUGUAGGUUAGAGAAAACAAAUUUGUUUUCCCACGGGCGUGUC